GACACCUCACGGUGCUUAGCGGCAUUAAGCAUGUUGCCGCUGCAUGCUAGCUCUGUUUACGUAGACACAUGUGUGGGUAGUUAGUGUUUUUAGUGAGUUAAUAAACAAAUAAAUAAAUAAUAAUUAAAACAUUUGAGCGAGCUUUACCUUCAUGUGAGUUGUAGUCAAGAUGGGGAAGCCGAAGAAGAAAAGUGACCUCAGCCGAGCUGAACUGAUGAUGAUGACGAUUGCAGACGUCAUCAAACAAUUGGUUGAGGCUCACGAGCAGGGGAAAGAUAUCAACCUUAACAAGUUGAAGACGAAGACCUCGGCGAAGUACGGUCUCUCAGCACAGCCUCGUCUGGUAGACAUCAUCGCCGCGGUGCCGCCUCAGUACCGCCGAGCCCUCGUCCCUAAACUCAAAGCCAAACCCAUUCGCACAGCCAGCGGGAUUGCUGUCGUGGCGGUGAUGUGUAAACCCCAUCGCUGUCCUCACAUCAGCUUCACGGGGAACAUUUGUGUAUACUGUCCAGGCGGUCCUGACUCUGAUUUCGAAUACUCCACGCAGUCUUACACAGGCUAUGAGCCGACGUCCAUGAGGGCCAUCCGAGCUCGCUACGAUCCCUAUUUACAGACCAGACACAGGGUGGAGCAGCUGAAGCAGCUGGGCCACAGCGUGGAUAAGGUGGAGUUUAUUGUGAUGGGCGGCACAUUCAUGGCUCUGCCUGAGGACUACAGAGAUUACUUCAUCCGCAACCUGCAUGAUGCGCUGUCAGGACACACUUCCAACAACGUAGCCGAGGCCGUCAGGUACUCAGAGCGCAGUAACACCAAGUGUGUGGGGAUCACCAUCGAGACACGGCCGGACUACUGCCUGAAGCGGCACCUGAGCGACAUGCUGGCGUACGGCUGCACCCGGCUGGAGAUCGGCGUCCAGAGCGUGUACGAAGACGUGGCUCGCGACACCAACAGAGGACACACAGUGCGCGCGGUCUGCGAGUCUUUUCAUCUGGCUAAAGACGCGGGCUUUAAGGUGGUGUCCCACAUGAUGCCCGACCUCCCCAACGUGGGCAUAGAGCGAGACGUGGAGCAGUUUAUAGAAUUCUUCGAGAACCCGGCGUUCCGGCCGGACGGACUGAAGCUCUACCCGACGUUAGUGAUCCGGGGGACGGGUCUGUACGAGCUCUGGAAGACGGGACGCUACAAGAGCUACUCGCCCAGCACUCUGGUGGACCUGGUGGCCCGCAUCCUGGCGCUGGUGCCACCCUGGACCCGAGUGUACCGUGUGCAGAGGGACAUCCCCAUGCCUCUAGUCACCUCCGGUGUGGAACACGGCAACCUGCGAGAGCUGGCACUGGCACGAAUGAAGGACAUGGGAAGCGAGUGUCGAGAUGUGAGAACCAGAGAGGUGGGAAUCCAGGAGAUCCAUCAUAAAUUGCGACCUUACCAGGUGGAGCUGAUCAGACGAGACUACGUGGCUAACGGAGGCUGGGAGACCUUCCUGUCGUACGAGGAUCCCGAGCAGGACAUCCUGAUCGGCUUGCUGAGGCUCCGCCGCUGCUCACCGCAGUCUUUCAGGCCGGAGCUCAAGGGCGCGGUGUCGAUUGUGCGUGAGCUGCACGUGUACGGCAGCGUGGUUCCCGUCAGCAGCCGAGAUCCCAGCAAGUUCCAGCACCAGGGUUUCGGGAUGAUGCUGAUGGAGGAGGCAGAGAGAAUCGCCAGAGACGAACACGGCUCUUCCAAACUGGCCGUUAUCUCAGGUGUAGGCACGAGGAAUUAUUACAGGAAGAUGGGGUACGAGCUGGAGGGGCCGUACAUGGUCAAACGCCUGGACUGAAAGAACAGAGAUUUCUGUCAGCUUCACACAGGAGGAGACACAUAUUAUAUUGUGUGUGUGUGUGUGGAUGUGUGGGGGGUUUGGCUUGUAGUAUGUGUGUUGGUGUGUGUGAGUGAAUGUUUGGGUAGGUGGGUGUGAUUGUGUGUAUGUGUGUGUAUGGGUAGGUGCAUUGAGUGUGCGUUUUUGUGGGUAGGUGUGUGUGUGUGUGUGUGGAUGGUGGGUUUGGUUUAUGGUGUGUGUGUGCUUUGGUUUGUGUGAUUGUGUGUUUGAGAGAUUGUGUGGGUAGGUGUGUGUGAUUGAGUGUGCGUUUUUGUGGGUAGGUGUGUGUGUGUGUGUGGGGUAGGUGGGUGUGUGAUUGUGUGUGUGUGGGUUUGGUUUGUGUGUAUGUGUGUGAUUGUGUGUGUUUGAGAAAUUGUGUGGGUAGGUGUGUGAUUUUGUGUGUGUGUGUGUUUUUGUGGGUAGGGGUGAGUGUGUGUGUGAGAAAUUGUGUGGGUAGGUGUGUGAUUUUGUGUGUGUGUGUGUGUGUGUGUGUUUUGGUGGGUGGGGGUGUGUGUGUGUGUGUGUGAGAAAUUGUGUGGGUAGGUGUGUGAUUUUGUGGGUAGGGGUGAGUGUGUGUGUGUGUGUGUGUGUGUGUGUGUGAGAAAUUGUGUGGGUGGGUGUGUGAUUUUGUGUGUGUGUGUGUGUGUUUUUGUGGGUAGGGGUGAGUGUGUGUGUGUGUGUGAAAUUGUGUGGGUAGGUGUGUGAUUUUGUGUGUGUGUGUUUUUGUGGGUAGGGGUGAGUGUGUGUGUGAGAAAUUGUGUGGGUAGGUGUGUGAUUUUGUGUGUGUGUGUGUGUUUUUGUGGGUAGGGGUGAGUGUGUGUGUGUGAGAGAGAGAGACUGACAGGAAGUGAUCAGAGGAAGAUACAGUGUGAUGCGACAUUCAGGAUUCAGAUUUGUAUAAA